GUCCACACAGUAGAGACAACAGGCUGAUACAGCUCCACUGAGACUUUAACCUACACGUUGAAGGAAAAACACACAUUUCAGGAUGGCUGCUCCUCGUCCUCCUCGUCUCGCUCUGUCUGUGUUUGUGCUGAUGCUGGCUGUCGUCACUCUGAGUGAAGGUUUGCGUGGUCCUGGCCCAAAGAGAUGCUGCUUUCGUUUCAAUGAGACCCCGGUGCCUAAAGAAAGAGUGGCUGGGUACAUCAGGACCAGCCAGCGGUGCCCUAACCCCGCAGUCUUGCUGAACACGGUGGCACGUCGUCAGCUGUGUGCCAGACCUUCAGACGCUUGGGUGAAGGAGCUCAUCAGCUACCUGGACUCCAUUCCAGGACAGGCGUCCAACCUGUAACCAUGGCAACACCGUGCCCACUAUAAAAGCCUUCAGUGAACACAGUCUGGCCUUUUCAAACUAUAACUUUUAAUCCAAAAAGUGUUCUAUAUAAACAUGUUAUUCACCUCACUGUAACAUCUGCAGGGGGGUGAUCGUAAGCUAAAAAGCUCUUGGUCUGUCUAUAAGUAAAGUAUAUACAAGGUCAGUACUAAAUACUCUUAUACUCUGAGACAUAUUCUUAUACUAGAUUCAUUAGAUGCAUAUGAGAUGUGUUUACAUGCAUACCAUGCCAUAUGUACAUAAUAAUGUAAGUGUAACACAGCUAUAAGAUAUAAGUGACAUUUAAUCCACAUCCUUUUAACAUUUUCAGCCUUUGUAGUUAAGAAACUUUUUUUUAUCAUAUGGAGCAGUAGGAAUAUUUUUGCUCGACACAACACUCAACGUCUGACCGUCAGCACUGUGAAGUGGACUGUGGAACUGUGAUUCGACUACAGAAACUAUAGUCAAUGUGUAAAAGAGCGAUGCCUCCAACACCACACGGUGUCAUCAGUAGAGUAUAAGCUAUGGGCUGCACCAUUAUUUCUGCACUGAACCACUGGGAGCAUGUUGUCUUGUUUAUUAUAUAAUGUAAAGUGAUAUUAUUGUUUUCAGUCAUGUUUUAAACUUACUUGGAUGGAUUAGUAACCCAAUUUGACAAAAAUCUGAAUUUUUUUGUAUAUGCUGAGGCUACAAAUGUCAUUCUCUGAUUAA